AUGAUUUCGCCUUUGAUCCCUGAAAACCUCCCCUCCCCCUUCCUGUCUUCUGUUUCCCUGUUCUACCUGAAGGCCUUGCGCACCAACAGCACCAGUGGCAGUAUUGAGCCAUAUCUCUCUGGUAUCAAAACGGGCAUUUUCUCAGGCCGAGUGCCCUCUCCUGCAGCAGCGUUUGUCCCUGGCCUGAGGAAGUACCCCCAGGAAGGGGCAAUGCCUUCCUUGACAGCCUCCUCCAGCCAAGCCAAGGCCCUGCUGGCAAGCCUGUCUGCCUCCGGCCUGAGCGCCGAGGCCUUGCUCCUCUCCUCCACCCUCCGUCAUCACCGCCUUCUACGAGAGCAGCGAGCCUCCUCCUUGCCCCUGCCCAGCAGCCAGUCCUCAUCCCCUACUCCCCCCGCUACCUCCUCCUCCUCCUCCUCCUCCUCUUCACCCACUACCCCGACUCCCUCCCUCUCUCCCUCCUCUCCCACCUCUUUGAGUUCCCUCACCCUCUCAUCUGCGGUUCUCAAGCCCAGCGCUGGUAGCCUUGACAACUCCAGCCUCAACAGCUGCAAGGAAGGUGGCAGCAAGCCUCUCAGUAAGGACUUCACCCCUGGCAACUCUCGGUGA